AUGGCUCCUAUACUCAGCACCCUCUCUCUAGCCCUAACAGGCCUCCCCCUUCUCUCACUUGCCCAACAAAUCGGCACCCCCGAGAAUCGUCCCCUCCUAACAACCUGGCACUGCACAGCCCGCAAUGGCUGCAGCAAGCAAAGCACCUCCGUCGUCCUGGACGCAGCCACCCACAGCAUCCACGCCCUCGACGACCCCUCCACCUCCUGCACCACCUCCUCAGGAUCACUAGACCCAACCCUCUGCCCAGACAAACAAACCUGCGCCUCGAACUGCGUCAUCGACGGCAUAACAGACUACGCAGCGCACGGCGUUGAAACAAACGGCGGAGUCCUCAAGCUCACCCAGUACAAAAACGUUAACGGGACCCUCAACUCCGUUUCACCACGGGUAUAUCUCCUCUCCGAAUCCAACCAAACCACCGGUGCAGGGACAAAGGCAGGGGCAGAGGAGUAUACAGCUCCAUCCCUCCUCAACCAGGAAUUCACAUUCACCGUGGACGUCUCUGCCCUGCCGUGCGGCAUGAACGGCGCGCUCUACCUCUCCGAGAUGUCACACACGGGCGGGCGAAGCUCAGAGCUAAACCCCGCCGGCGCAUCCUACGGCACGGGCUACUGCGACGCGCAGUGCUACGUAACGCCCUGGAUCAACGGCGCGGGAAAUGUCGCCGAGAACGGCGCCUGCUGCAACGAGAUGGAUAUCUGGGAGGCGAACUCGCGCGCAACGGGGCUGACGCCGCACCCUUGUAUUUAUAACGACGGGACAGGGACUGUUGAGGAGGGUGUUUACGAGUGCACGGAUGACGCGGAGUGCAAUGGGCCGACGGGGGAGAAUGACAGUGUCUGCGAUAAAUGGGGGUGUGGGUUUAACCCUUAUGCGCUUGGCGCGCAGGAUUACUAUGGCCGUGGUGCUGCUGGCGGGUUUGAAGUUGACACGACCGCGCCGUUUACGGUCGUGACGCAGUUCCGGACUGAUGAUAACACGACGACCGGUGCGCUGGCUGAAAUCCGCCGAUUGUAUAUCCAGGGCGGCAAGGUGAUCCAGAAUGCGGUUGUGACGGCAGGGAAUACCAGUGCCGACUCGCUGACGGAUUCGCUGUGUGAUACGACUUCGUCGUGGUAUGCUGGGUUUGGGGGGAUGGAGAGGAUGGGCGAGUCGUUGGGACGCGGGAUGGUGCUGGCGAUGAGCAUUUGGAAUGAUGCCAGCGAGUAUAUGCAGUGGCUUGAUGGGGAGGAUGCGGGGCCUUGUAAUGCGACGGAGGGAGCGCCGGCCUUUAUCGAGGAGCAUACGCCUGGGACGAGUGUGACUUUUUCGAAUCUGAGAUGGGGCGACAUCGGGUCGACUUUUCGGGGGACUGAGUAG